GCGCUGCUGUGGGGCCAGUCGGGACGGAGGAGACAAGAUGGCGCUGCGGGCGGUGCGGGGGAUUGUGAACGGGGCCGCACCCGAGCUACCCGUGUCCGCCAGUGGGCCCAUGGCGGGAUCUAGGGAACAAGCGCUGGCAGUCAGUCGGAACUACCUCUCCCAGCCUCGCCUCACAUACAAGACAGUUUCAGGAGUCAAUGGUCCACUGGUGAUCUUAGAUCAAGUUAAGUUUCCCAGAUAUGCUGAGAUUGUCCACUUGACAUUACCCGAUGGCACGAAGAGAAGUGGGCAGGUUCUAGAAGUUAGUGGUUCCAAAGCAGUGGUUCAGGUAUUUGAAGGGACUUCAGGUAUAGAUGCCAAGAAAACGUCCUGUGAGUUUACUGGGGAUAUUCUCCGAACACCAGUGUCUGAGGAUAUGCUUGGCCGGGUGUUCAAUGGGUCAGGAAAACCCAUCGACAGAGGUCCUUCUGUACUGGCUGAAGACUUCCUCGACAUCAUGGGUCAGCCCAUCAAUCCUCAGUGUCGAAUCUACCCAGAGGAGAUGAUUCAGACUGGUAUUUCUGCCAUAGAUGGCAUGAACAGUAUAGCUCGGGGCCAGAAAAUUCCAAUCUUCUCUGCUGCUGGGUUACCACACAAUGAGAUUGCAGCUCAAAUCUGUCGCCAGGCUGGUUUGGUAAAGAAAUCCAAAGAUGUGGUGGAUUACUGUGAGGAAAAUUUUGCCAUUGUAUUUGCUGCUAUGGGUGUAAACAUGGAAACUGCCCGGUUCUUCAAAUCUGACUUUGAAGAAAAUGGCUCAAUGGACAAUGUCUGCCUCUUUUUGAACUUGGCUAAUGACCCAACUAUUGAACGAAUUAUCACUCCUCGCCUGGCCCUGACCACAGCUGAGUUCCUGGCGUACCAGUGUGAGAAGCAUGUGUUGGUUAUCCUUACAGACAUGAGCUCUUAUGCUGAGGCCCUUCGAGAGGUUUCAGCAGCCAGGGAAGAGGUCCCUGGUCGACGAGGUUUCCCAGGCUACAUGUACACAGAUUUAGCCACAAUAUAUGAGCGCGCUGGUCGAGUGGAAGGUCGAAAUGGCUCUAUUACUCAAAUCCCUAUUCUUACCAUGCCCAAUGAUGAUAUCACUCACCCCAUCCCUGACCUGACGGGGUAUAUUACAGAGGGGCAGAUCUAUGUGGACAGACAGCUGCACAACAGACAGAUUUACCCACCUAUUAAUGUACUGCCCUCGCUCUCACGGUUAAUGAAGUCUGCUAUUGGAGAAGGUAUGACCAGAAAGGAUCACGCCGAUGUAUCUAACCAGCUGUACGCCUGCUACGCUAUUGGGAAGGAUGUGCAAGCCAUGAAAGCUGUGGUGGGAGAGGAAGCCCUUACCUCAGAUGAUCUUCUUUACUUGGAAUUUCUGCAGAAGUUUGAGAGGAACUUUAUUACUCAGGGUCCUUAUGAAAACCGCACAGUUUAUGAGACUUUGGACAUUGGCUGGCAGCUGCUCCGAAUCUUCCCCAAAGAAAUGCUGAAGCGAAUCCCCCAGAGCACCCUGAGCGAAUUUUACCCUCGAGACUCUGCAAAGCACUAGCUGCUGCUGUUCUUGCUGCUGUGGCGUGAACCUCUUGUGAAGUACUGGCUCCGUCUUCUUGAUUCCUUUUGCACUCCUCCAUCUCCACCUGUGUGUGGGAGUUUACCUGUUACCCUGUAAUUAAAAGCAAAGAAUAGGUAACAUUGUGCCAGUGUUGCAAUGUCUUAAACUGCUAACAGACUUCAAAAUAUCCCUGUUCAGAAAACCUGAUCUUCAGUGCUUUGUUUAAAGUAGCUGCAGGGAUGGAGGUGAAGUUUCUUAUUGAUGUAUGUAUUUGUACAUAGUGGUGUAGUUGCCUAAUAAUGUUCUCAUUGUGUGGGUCUCUCAGACCUGACCCCUCAGCCCCCUCAAGAGAAUCCCUAUCUGAAGCUAAAUGCUUUGGUCUCAGAAUUAGGAGCAAGAUCAGGUCUGGAAGAAGUCUCAAAAGAGUCAAGAGGCUCUUUCCUGAGCAUUUUCUUCUGGGUCAUUGGUGUGCCUGUGGGUCUGUGCUCUGCGCUAAGCAGAUGGCUUUUACUGUCCACCUGCUCUUUCCUAUGUAAUGAAUAGAUCAACAAAAGGUGUAUCCUUUUCUCUCAGCACCUCUGAGUUCAGAUUCCCUUUGAGUAACAUGCAGAAUCAUGCCCCUUUGCACAGCGGCAUUCAUCUGGUUGUGGUGAGAUGCCUUCCUUGGGGAUCCCUACUGGGUUUCUAUGCAAAGAAAAUCAUAAUUAAAACCACUAGUGGAGUUGUUGUUUGGAAAGAGCUGGGGUACAAUAAAAGAGGAAGAAAUAAAGAGCUGUAGCCCUUCUGCAUGCUGACAUGCCAAUAGGGGUUUCUGUAGAGUUUAGCAGAUGCUAAGACAAUGUGGGGUGGGGAGCUCUCAGGUUUGUGGAUAUUACAGACUGUUUAGGAGCAGCCUUUGUUCCCCUGUUGGCCCUGCUUUCUGACCCAGCUCUGCCUUUUCAGGGUGGUCUUGUGGCACAGGUGGUGGAGUUUCGUGCACUCCUGCUCCUUCCUGGUGAGCCCUGAGCUUGCUUUUGUGCCAUGUCUGCCGUUUGUUCGUGUUCUGUGUUACCCGGGUGCAGUAGUGACUUUCUACUCUAUGCAUUCCAUCUUUCCAGUUGUGUAAAGGUCUUCACUUUUUUCUCUGAGGGGUGGGGGUGGGGAGACUGAGCAUGAUUAUAUUUUAAUGUAGAAAAUGUGACAUCUGGAUAUAAAAUGAAAAUAAAUGUUAAAUUAAAUGGAA